AUGCGGAUCCCCCACGCGGUUUUGGGUCUCCUCUUCCUCGCCUUCCUCGCGUCGCCACCGCUCGCCGUGGCGAACCCCGGGCACGUCCUCAACUUGGACGCGCGCUCGUUCGACGCGGCGGUGAAGGAGCACGCGUUCGUCGCGGUCGAAUUCUACGCCCCGUGGUGCGGGCACUGCAAGCGCUUGGAGCCGGAAUGGGCGAAAGCCGCGGAGGUUUUAGCCGCGAACGCGAAGAAGACGCGAGAGCCACCGAUCGUGCUCGCGAGGAUGGACGCCGCGAACCAGGCGAACUCUAAGAUCGCCGCGGACUUUGGCGUCAAGGCGUUCCCGACGAUCAAGAUCUUUCGAAACGGCGAGGCGGACACGGAAGACGGCGAGGACUACGCCGGCCCGAGGCACGCGGACGGGAUCGUGGAGCACCUCACGAAGCUCGCGGGACCGUCCGUCACGUCCCUCACGACGAAACAAGAGAGCAAGACGUUCGUGGAGAAGGACCCGGUCGUCGUCCUCGGGUACUUCCCGCGCGGCGGCGACGGCGACGCGUUCGAGGCGUAUCUCAAAGUCGCGCGGCGAUUCAACGCGUACGCGCGAGGGAUCGGCCUCGAGGUGAACUUCGGGCACGUCUCGGACCCGGAUCUGCUCCCGGAAAAGAACGAUCUUCCUACACCGGUGGACGACGACGGGGCGCCGACGGUGUACGUCUAUCGUAAAUUCGAAGAGCGCGUCGUGCGCAUGGACGCGCCGGCGACGGAGAAAAACAUCGACGAUUUCGUCGAGAGACACUCGCUGCCGCGCGUCGCGGAGCUGGACAAGGAACCGACCGCGAGGAGCGUGCUGCGACGCGUGUUCGAGGCUCCCGGCCCGAAGGUCAUCGCGCUCGUGGACUACGAGGACGAGGAGGAGACGAAAGGGAUUAAACUCGCGCUCGACGACAUCGCGCGUCGACGCGACGCGAGAGCGAAAUUCGUCGUCGGCGACGCGAAGAAAAACGACGUCGCGAUGAAGUUCUUCGGCGUGACCCACGACUUCCUCCCCGCGCUCGUGCUGCACGACCGAGACAGCGAGAAGAAGUACGUGCUACCCCAGGCGAGCCCUGGGGACAUCGCGUCUUGGCUCGGGAAGUACGACCGCGGCGCGCUCGAGCCGAGCGUGAGGAGCGAGCGACCGCCGCUGAGCAACGACGGGAGGGCGGUCAAGAUCGUCGUCGCGAGCACGUUCGACGAGAUGGUCUUAGACGCCGGUAAGGACGUCUUCAUCGAGUUCUACGCGCCGUGGUGCAACCACUGCAAGGCGCUCGCGCCGAUUUACCAAAACGUAGGCGAAGCGUUCGAGGACGACGACGACGUGACGAUCGCGAAGUUCGACGCCGUGAACAACGACGUCCCGGACAAGCGCUUCGUCGUGAAGGGGUACCCCGCGCUAUAUUACUACGACGCCUCGGAGGACGAGGUCGUUCAAUACAAGGGCGAUCGCAGCGAGAAGGACAUGAUACGAUUCGUGCGCGCGCGGUUGAAAAGGCAUCAGGUCAAGGACGAGCUUUGA